AUGAUUAUACUCAGCUACAACUCGAGGGGGUUAGGGAGCUGCGUAAAGCUCCGUGCUAUUAGAGAACUUGUAAGGAAGGAGAGGAUCGAGAUGCUCUUGAUUCAGGAAUCCAAGUGUGAAUUGGUAGAUUUACGCCUCUGUCGAAGCCUUUGGGGAGCUGCUGACUAUGAAUGGGUUUUUAAACCCUCUGCUAACAGUUCUGGUGGUUUAAUUACUAUAUGGCAAUCGAACAAAUUUACCUUGUUGGACUCCCAUGUUGGGGAAGGUUUCCUUGCUGUUAGGGGUCAAUGGGAUGAUCUCAAUGGACUCUGUGGAAUUAUAAAUGUGUAUGCUCCCUGCUCGGCUCAAGGAAAACGUGAACUCUGGGAGGCAAUUGAAGUUUUUAUUUCCAAUGCUGGUCUUACUUAUUUUUGUAUUGCAGGGGAUUUCAAUUCAAUUCGUACUGUAGAGGAAAGGAGAGGAGUGGCAUCAAGUCUUUCUACAGGUAGAAGAGAUAUGGAAGAUUUUAAUAUUUUCAUUGCAAAUAAUCAGCUUCUUGAACCACCUGUGGCAGGGAAAUUGUUCACCUGGUUUCGUCCGAAUGGCCAAGCUGCUAGCAGACUUGAUAGGUUCUUUGUAUCCAGUGAUUGGGCCUCUUCCUGUGCUAUUGGUGAACAACGGGUUCUAUCACGGGACUUCUCUGACCACUGUCCAGUUCUUUUCCAUACGUCUAAUUUGAACUGGGGUCCGAAACCUUUUAAGGUCCUUAAUUGUUGGUUCUCUGAUCCCAGGUUUGCAAAAUUUGUUUCAAAAGAGUGGGAAAGUUUCUGCUUUUCAGGUACUGGAGCUUUUGUGCUAAAGGAAAAGCUCAAGAGGAUCAAGGCCUGCCUAAGAACAUGGAAUAGUGAAGUUUUUGGUGACAUACAGAGAAACAGCAAGGAGAUUCUGAGAAAGAUUCAGAGCCUUGAUGAAAAACUUGAGGAAGUUGGGCUAAGCAUGGAGGAACAAAAUCAGCGUCGGACUUGGCAAGCAGAGUAUUGGCGUUUGGCAAAAUCAAAUGAGUCUCUUUUGCAGCAAAAAUCACGAUGCAACUGGAUUAGGGAAGGUGAUUCAAAUACUAAGUUCUUCCAUUCGUUUAUGAAUUGGAGAAGAAAUGCAAACUCAGUUUUGGGCAUGGAAAUUGAUGGUGUCUGGAUUAACGACCCUGUACUAGUCAAGAACGGUGCUAAGGAUUUUUGA